GGGUUGGGUUUGGUACUCUCUCUCUCUUUCUCUCUCUGUGUAAAUGUAAAUUGUAAGAAAGAAGAAGGUAGAAACGACGGUCAUUACUAAAUUAAGGUUCCAAGAAUGUGAUCCAAAACAUAAAAAACCCACCUUCCAUUUCUCACAUCUCACCCUCCCUUUUCCGCUGCUGCCUCCGCCUCCGCCUCAUCGCUUUUCCGUCCACGCGCCGCCUCCAUCUCCCAACACUCUGAAUCUGAGCAUAACGCGCUUUUUGCGCCUUCUUUUCUCCGAUUCGGUUCUUCCCACCUCCGUUUCCUCAUGGAUCCGGAUUCUAGAAGCUCAUCUUGACCUCGAUUCUCUUCUCUCUCCUGAGUUUCUUACCUUUCUCAGCUGAUUCGCUGCGUUUUGAUCUGUUUCUAACUUGCUUCUAUGUUCCAGUGGUGACAUUGUUGUGGUGGAAGGAACACCUUGUAUGCUGAGCUGCAAUGUCGUUCAAAAGCAUAGUACGCGAACUCAAGGAGAUGAGAGAUGGGAUUGGUAGUUUAUCGAGGCGGAGCGCAGAAAGCAAGCAUUGGCACAGUAGAGUAAAGUCACAUGUUGUUCCUGAUGUCACUCUAAAUCCACUUGAACCUGUUCAACAGGGGCAGUGGGCACAUCUACCACCUGAGUUACUUCUGGACAUAAUUCGUAGGGUUGAAGAGAGUGAGACAUCUUGGCCUGCACGCACCGUUGUUGUGUCGUGUGCUUCAGUAUGUAAAUCAUGGAGGGCUGUUACAAAAGAGAUUGUCAAUACUCCUGAGCAGUGCGGAAGGCUCACGUUUCCUAUUUCAUUGAAACAGCCCGGUCCUCGUGAGUCACCAAUUCAGUGCUUUAUCAGGAGAAACAGAGAAACUUCGACAUAUUUAUUGUACUUCGGUCUUGUGCCAUCGGAGAAUGGGACUGAUAAGUUGUUAUUAGCUGCUAAAAAGAUAAGAAGGGCAACAGGCAUAGACUUUGUCAUAUCUUUGGUUGCAAAUGAUUUUUCUCGGUCCAGCAACACAUAUGUUGGUAAACUAAGGUCUAAUUUUUUGGGAACCAAGUUCACUAUCUGCGACAACCAAUCUCCCCAUCAAGCUGGAACUCAGCCAAAUGGUCGUUCUAGUAAGAGAUUCCACACUAAGCAGGCGUCUCCCAGGGUUUCAGCAGGUAACUACACCGUUGGCACCAUUGCCUAUGAGCUUAAUGUCCUACGCACGAGAGGGCCACGGAGGAUGAACUGUACCAUGACCUCCAUACCUGUGUCAGCUAUCCAAGAAGGAGGCACCGCCCCAACCCUGACAUCUCUUCCUCAGAUAAUUGAUGAGCAAUUCCCUUUGUCGCCAUCACUGAAAGGAAAAGCUCCAAUAGUAGACGUAAGCUCCACAAGCCUCUUGGAGCUGCCAGUGCAAAGCCAAGGCUUGGUUGAGCCUCUAGUACUUAAAAACAAGGCCCCCAGAUGGCAUGAGCAGCUGCAAUGCUGGUGCCUAAACUUUAAGGGUCGUGUUACGGUGGCGUCUGUUAAGAACUUCCAACUUGUUGCCGCUGUUGAUCCUUCUCAUAAUUUGUCCACCGCAGAGCAAGAAAAGGUAAUUUUGCAGUUUGGAAAGAUUGGGAAAGACAUAUUUACCAUGGAUUAUCGAUAUCCACUCUCUGCCUUCCAAGCCUUUGCGAUAUGCUUGAGCAGCUUUGAUACUAAACCAGCCUGUGAAUGAGACCCAUGUCGCAGGAUCAUCACCUGCUGGUCUGUUUCAUAUAAAUAUAUAUACACUAUUCUAGGCACAGUCCAUCACAUGCAGCUGAAAAUCUUAGUUAUGCAGUGGUUAGUAAUCCCGCCCCCUCCUCCUCUGCGGGGGUGGGGCUGCUCCCCCUUUUGUCCUCCUCCUCCUCCUCCUCUGAUGUGUUAGAUGUUGAUUGUGGAUUUUAACCUGUAUGUUAUUUCCUAGCUCUGCUACUAAGAUUAAAUUUAGUAAAUCUUCUAUUGUAUAAUAUAUAGUCGCAUAGUACUCUUAACUAAUGAACCUCCUUUCAUUUUCCUUUAUCACUUAAUUUGAAGUUAUAGUUUUUCUUUGCCGAA